GUGCUUUUUUCCUGACUUAUGAGUGACUGAAACUAGAAAUUACAGGUUUGUUAAAAGUCAGUAUUUUAUGAAAGCUGCCUGAAGUAGUGGUUUAUUACUAAGAUCUGCGUCUUAAACCAAUAACCGUUUUACAGUGGUCUAUGCCUGUAUUGGAUAUUGGAUUAAAGGAAUUGAUCCCCGCCAGUGUGACAGGGACAGUAAUGUAUUCCUCGCAGUGUUAGGCAGUCACUCGUACAGUAGUUAUAUAGGAGAUAUCACAGAAAACAAAAAAAACAAUGACCGAAGUAAGACGACGUAAAGGGGGUCGGCAUAAAUCGAGCCCUCAUCAGCGCAACGGUUUCGCUAAAGGGAGUAGCGGUCAAAAAGAGAGCGUUACUAUAUUUGGAUGGAGUAUUCAGCAGUUUUUGUUGAACUUGUCGGGAAUUAUAUUGUGCUUAUAUAUUGGAUUUAAACAUUCAUGUUAUAUGAGGCAGAUACACGAGAACAAUAUGUGGUUUUCACAUAUAAAGGAAGUGGAACGUGAGAUAUCAUUCCGUACAGAGUCAGGUCUCUACUACUCCUACUAUAAACAAAUGGUGAAUGCCCCUUCAAUCACGCAAGGUCUAUAUGAACUUACACAUGACAACCUGACGGAACAUCCCAGUACAAUAAAUGUCCUCGAGCGUAUGAAUAUCUACCAAGAAGUAGUUCUCAGCAUUAUUUACAGGAUAUUACCCUUUAAGAAUUUUCUCGAGCCAGUGUUUUUCUACAUUAAUUCGGUGUUUGCCCUACAUGGAAUGCUGGUAUGCUCGCUGUUUGUAACAGCCUGGAUGUUGAGUGGUUCCUGGCUUGCUGGUGCCCUGGCUGGUUGUUUCUACAUCUUUAACAGGUUGGAUACAACAAGAGUUGAAUAUGUUAUUCCACUUAGGGAGAGUUUUUCUCUGCCGUUUCUAUGGUUACAGAUCGCAGCUAUAUCUUAUUAUUUCAAACCAAAUAUACAGAGAAAUGUAGAGAAAUUUACCAUUGGACUGAUAAUGGCAAGCACAUUUUUGUUCAGUCUAUUCUGGCAGUUUAACCAGUUUAUAUUGUUGUUACAAGCACUGGCUUUGUUUGGUGUCUGGAUUCUAGAUAUGGUGCCAGCACAUAAGGUUCGUGUGGUGUUACUGUCACAGGCAUUGUCACUAUUACUUGUCUGUGUAUCACAGAGUAUCAACAAAAUGAUCCUUGGUUCCCUAGUGAUGAGUUUUAUUCCAGCAACAUUUCUGCUUAUGUACUUCAAGGGAGAUACAUUAACACCAUGUACGAUACCAAGUAGAAUAUUUAAAGUGGCGUUCUACAGUAUCGCUGUUCUAGUGCUCAUGAUUAUCUUUAAUCUGGCUGCCAAGACUGUUUUAGAUCUAGAAGCUGAUGAGCACAUAUUCAAAUUUUUGCUGAACAAAUUUGGAAUAGGGAAUCCAAGGGAUUUCGACUCAAGGUUGUACCUGUGUAUUGAAGCGUUCGGUUUUCUACAACUGGAUACGUAUGAAAGAAUGUCAAAACUACUCGUGUUCCCCAUAUAUCUCAUCACACAUCUAACAAUACUCAUUGUUCUAUUUAUAGCUGUUAUGCAGAAUUGGAGUAACCAUAGUUACGAGGAAGGAUUAAAGGAUCAUCCAGCUAAACAUUCUCAUCUUCUGUCAGCCAGGCCAGAUCUUGCUUUCCAUGUUGUUCAAGCUGUGUUCUUUGGAGCUCUUGCCAUGUCGACGUUACGUAUGAAAUACCUGUGGACACCAUAUAUGUGUAUCUUGGCAGGGUUUGGGAUAGCUGACUACAGGGGUUGGAGGUGCGUUCUUGCCAAAUUGAGGAGUAACCAGGAAGUGGUGGUUCAGAUAGCUCGCCAUUUAACAUCUAUAGCCAUUCUUGCCCUACUUUUAGCUAUUGCCUUGCCACCAGCGUUAAAAGAACUAGAGGAUUUAAAAGAAUUUUGGGACCCAGACACUGUAGAACUUAUGGAAUGGAUCAAAGAUAAUACUGCUCCAAUGGCAGCAUUGUCUGGCAGUAUGCAACUGAUGGCUGGUGUAAAGUUAUGUACUGGGAGACCGAUAACAAAUCAUCCACAUUACGAGGAUAAACAGCUGAGAAUUAAGACCAAAGAAUUAUACCAGUAUUAUGCCAAAAGAGAGCCAGAAGAUGUUCAUAGCUUAAUGGUGAAAUAUAAAACAGACUACAUUAUUCUAGAAGACAGUAUAUGCCUGGCGCCAUCUAGGGGAGGUUGUCGUCUGCCAGAUUUAUUGGAUGUAGACAAUGGUGUUAUACCAGACAGUGGUAAAGUUGAGCCUGGUCUCAUCAAGAGUCAUGUGCCGAGAUUUUGUGACGAGGUUCGGCGGCAAACACCAAAUUACUCAAAAUAUUUCAAACAUGUGUUCACUAACAAGACUUUCAGAAUCUACAAAGUUCUUCAAUAGAAAUCUACAAUUUGUCUAGUUUGUGUCAAUCUUGUGUAAUAAGUCUGCAAGUCUUAAAUUUGUUAAUAGAUAGAUGCGUCCAAUUGGCUUUUAUGAUGAUCGAAGAUCCUCUGUUUUAAAAAUUCCUAAGAUAGUUCUUUAUAUAAAAUAUGAGAGUAAAAAUCAAUAUUGGACAGCAAUAUUUACAGAACACAGCUACCCAUACCCUCCUCUAACUGUAUCCACUUUACUUACAGUUUUGUAAGAGA